AUGGCAUUCCCUCCCGAUGAAACCGGCGGAGGAGUCGCCACCGAAGAAGACACCACCAUUGACAUCCACACCACCCACGGCACUCCCAUUCGCUACCUUCCUCUCGAUCAUCUCUACUCUUCAACAUCCCCUUGCAGUGGCUCCUCCAACGUCAUGUCCAAAAAAGUUAAAGCUCGUAAACUCAACCUAACCGCAACCACAGCCAACAACAACAACAGCGACGACGAUAAUAACAUUCACUUCAAUGGCGAAAUCGAUUUUCCGAUUGAUGAUAAGAAAGCCACGUCCACGUCUAUGGUGGUUUAUGCUAAACCUAAACCGCCUCUUCUGUAUGUUUACUCUCGUAGGCGAAAGAGGAGUUCGAUUCUGGUGUCGUUUCGUGAUUCCUUGUUGCUUAGGCGGGAGGAGAUGGAUUCUGAGAGGACUGUGUUGAAGAAGAGGAAAAUUGGGAGUACUGAAUUGGAGAGAUUGGGGGUUGAUUGGAAUGCGAUGGGGAAACUUCAUGGACCGAGAUUGAGGGAAUGUCGUAAUCCAAUUGGGAGUUUUGGUAUUGAUGGGAGUAAUAAUAAUAAUAACAAGUGUAGUUCUGUUGUUAAGCUUCCUAAGCUGACGCCUGAAUCUUACUCAUUGAAGAGAUGGGUCACGUUGAGUUUUGAUGGUGCCGAUCCAAAGGCUUUUGUUGGAUUGAAAUGCAAGGUUUACUGGCCCAUGGAUUCAAAAUCAUACACUGGCCAUGUCAAAAGUUAUGACAGGGAAGCUAAUAUACAUCAUAUCGAGUAUGAUGAUGGAGAUGAGGAAAAUUUAACUCUUUCAAACGAAAAUGUAAAAUACCAUGUUUCUCGAAAUGACAUGGAACGCUUAAAAUUGAGUUACGCCAAAGUUCGUGACAGCAAUGUCUCUGAUUAUGAUGUUGAAGAGAUGCUUGCACUGGCUGCAAGCAUGGAUGAUUGCCAAGACUUUGAGCCAGGGGAUAUCAUAUGGGCAAAGCUUACAGGUUAUGCAAUGUGGCCUGCUGUUGUCCUGGAUGAAUCACUUGCUAGCAGCUGUAAGGGUUUAAAAACGUUCAUAGGGGGGAGAUCGGUUCCUGUCCAAUUUUUUGGCACCCAUGACUUUGCAAGAGUUCGACUGCAACAGGUGAAAUCAUUUCUCAAUGGACUUCUAACAGAUCUACACUCAAAGUGCAAGAAACAGAGUUUCAUCGAUGGUUUAGAAGAGGCAAAAAGGUAUUUAAGUGCACAGAAGCUUCCUUUGGAGAUGAUAGAACUGCGGAAAAGAUGUACAGCUGAUAACCAUAACAAUAUAAGGGGAGAGGAUGGAGGAUGUACAGAUUCUGGUGAAGACUGUGUAAAUGACAGAGGGACUUGGGCAGCACUUCAAAACAUUGAUACUUUUCCUUAUGAAGUCGGAGACUUGCAAAUUCUAAGCCUUGGAAAAAUAGUUGGAGAUUCCACUGCUUUUAGGGAUGGAAAAUCCAUCUGGCCCGAAGGAUACAUAGCAGUGCGGAAAUUCACUUCAGUUACCGACCCUAAAGUAUCUGUCCCUUAUAAGAUGGAGGUUUUGAGAGAUCCAGAAUCCAGAGUCAGACCAUUAUUUAGAGUGACAGUUGAUGGUGGUGAGCAGUUCAAUGGUUAUACGCCAUCUACUUGCUGGAAUAAAAUAUACGAAAGGAUAAAGAAAUUGGAAAAGGUUGUUUCUGAAAGUUCCGUUGCUGAUGGGGAGGUAGAAAGUGGCUACAAAUCCGGCUCUGACAUGUUUGGUUUUUCCAAUUCUAAAGUGGCUAAACUUAUUAAGGGAUUAUCCAAGUCCAAAGUCUCUUUGAAGAAAUCAAUUUGCAAGUCAGGUUCCGGAUUGCCUCUUGGUUAUAGACAAGUUCAUAUCAAUUGGUUUGAUCUCGAUAAGUGCAAUGUGUGCCAUAUGGACGAGGAGUAUGAGACCAAUCUGUUUCUGCAGUGUGACAAAUGCAGAAUGAUGGUUCAUGCUAGAUGCUAUGGAGAACUGGAACCUGUAAAUGGAGUGCUAUGGCUAUGCAAAUUAUGUCGUUCGGGCGCUCCUCCCCCACCAUGUUGCUUAUGUCCACUCAUAGGUGGUGCAAUGAAGCCUACUACAGAUGGCCGGUGGGCUCAUUUGGCUUGUGCGAUGUGGAUACCUGAAACUUGCUUAGCUGAUGUCAAGAGAAUGGAGCCUAUUGAUGGAUUGAGUAGAAUCAGUAAGGACCGUUGGAAAUUGUUAUGCAGCAUAUGUGGUGUAUCUUAUGGUGCCUGCAUCCAAUGUUCAAACAAUUCUUGUCGAGUAGCGUAUCAUCCACUCUGUGCACGUGCAGCUGGUCUUUGCGUUGAGCUUGAGAAUGAGGACAGGCUCUAUCUACUAUCCCUAGAUGAUGAUGAGGAUCAGUGCAUUCGCUUACUUUCUUUUUGCAAGAGACAUAGGCAGCCAUCUCAUGAACAUUCUGUAGCCGAUGAACGUGUUCAGGUUAUUGGUCAAUGUUCAGAUUAUAAACCACCACCCAGUUCAUCUGGUUGUGCUCGAAGUGAGCCAUAUGAUUACUCUGGUCGGAGAGGCCGAAAAGAACCUGAAGUACUUGCAGCUUCUUCGCUGAAACGUUUGUUUGUGGAAAAUCAACCAUAUUUAGUUGGUGGAUACUGCCAACAUGGAUUGUUGAACGACCUAGAGCCUUCUGGCAGAGGAGUUUGCUCUAAAUUCUUUUGUAGCGAGCAAAGGCUAAGAAUGUCGGUGGUUGAUUCUGCAGACAACAUACUUAGUGUUCCUGAGAAAUAUAAGUACAUGAAGGAGACCUGCCGGAAGCAGUUGGCAUUUGGGAAAUCAAGAAUUCAUGGAUUUGGCAUCUUUGCAAAGCAUCCAUAUAAAGGUGGAGACAUGGUGAUUGAAUAUACCGGUGAACUUGUUAGACCUUCUAUUGCUGAUCGAAGAGAGCGUUUUAUAUACAAUUCUUUGGUGGGUGCUGGAACAUAUUUGUUUCGGGUUGAUGAUGCAAGAGUCAUUGAUGCCACCAGAGCAGGAAGCAUCGCUCAUUUAAUUAAUCAUUCCUGUGCACCAAAUUGCUAUUCAAGAGUCAUUAGUGUUAAUGGUGACGAGCAUAUUAUAAUAUUUGCAAAGAGGGACAUUAACCAAUGGGAAGAGCUUACAUAUGAUUAUAGAUUUUUCUCAAUAGAUGAACGGCUUGCUUGUUACUGUGGCUUCCCGAAAUGUCGAGGUGUAGUAAAUGAUACUGAGGCAGAAGAGCGAGUUGCUACCAUAUAUGCACCGCGAAGUGAAUUAGUAGAUUGGAAAGGAGAAUGA